ACAGUGAAGAAAGCUAAAUCUCUGCUACCUUUCUGUACACAUUUGUUCUUUACCUGCGCAUCCCAGAAUGUCACAGAUGCUGAUGAUGAAGAGGAUUCUUGAAGAGGAGGCUGGUCGAGGCAGAGGGCUCUGUCCAAGUCUUCUGUAUCCUUUGCGUUUUGGCAGCAUUUGUAUAAUAGCAGAAAUGGCACUGAACGCAGCGCUUCCUAAAGUUAAAGCUCCGAAAAGGACAGGUUGGAAAGUUACCACAAAGUCGGUCGCAGGGUCCCGGUUGGGGCAACAGAACGUCUCCAGUCUGGGAGACGCCAUUACGCACGCACCGCGGCCUGGACCCAAGAGGGUAACCGUGUCAGAAGAGAGAAGAAAAGGAAAAGAAAGGAGAGGAAUCGGGUUGAGUCUAUGACCUAAGUUUGAGAAAUCACGGGGCUGAAUCAUCAUGUGCUUCUAUUUAAUCCUGUAGCUUAACUAGCCCACAAUGCCAAACACUGACAAAGCAGCGCUGUGUGAGGAGCUCUGUGCUCAUAUUUGACAUUUUAGAAGCUGUUCGUUUAUUCUGCUAGUCACAAUAUCCUACAACUAUAAGCCUUACAUUUCAUUACUCAUUAUAAUUGGGGAAUUUCAAAUGGGAAUUAUAUUGCAAGCUAUAUAUUUUCUUUGAUUAAAUCUCACCAUUUCAUUGAGUUUUCUGUCUACUUGCACAAUAUUGGCCCAAAUAGAGAUUAUCAUUGAAAUGGCCUAUGCAUUGGUUUGUUUUACAUUAGUGGUUCAAAUUGAGCAUAUUCUGUGAUGCAUUCAGCUGUUCCCUGGACAGACUGUCAAAGGCCUGAGAAUGAUGCUGGGUGCAAACGCCUGGAAUGAGAUCUGAAAAAAAUGGUAGGCAUUUGAAACAGAUUUAUGUGCAAAAACAAAGCAGCAAUGGUUUCCCGUAGCUCAAACAAAAAAGGGCAUUCAUUGAGUUUCUACAAUGGCAUUUAAAUCCACGAGCACCUUCUCUGACAAGGCACAAAGUCAUUUGUAUUGCAGGUCAGUGGACAGAGAUUAACUGCCCCCAGAGGACCACUGAGCUCCAUUGACUGGCUUCUCUUUUACUGCUCUGGAUGUGCAGGCUCAUGCUACCCUCUACUGGUCAAGUCAAAAGAAACACAAAGCAUAUGCUUUGCAGUGCGUCCUGUUUCAAACUGUCUGUGUGGGAUGGGCGGGUUUCUCGUGUCAAAUUACAGGACGUGCCAAAGUUGAGUUUUGUUUUGACACCGAGUUAAAAAUCAGCCUGCACUGUUCUGCUUAUGAAGCCUAGGCACUGGGCCGUGAAGGGAUUUAGGGACUCCACUGUCAACUAUGUCUGUGCGAGACAAAGAGACACGUCCUGAUAGAAGAGGGCCAACUGGGAAUGCUGUAGUCUUCUCCAACCCGCUCAUGAGUGAUUAUGAAUCAGACUGGUCACAAAUGCAUGAUGCAGCUUUCAAUGGACAUGUUCUCACCCUACGAAGGCUAAUUUCUCAGGGUGUUAGUGUGAAUCUCAACACUCUAGACUGGGUCUCUCCUCUCCUCACCGCCUGCACACAAGGACAUACAGCCUGUGCCAAACUUCUGCUGGAAAAUGGGGCAAAUAUCAACAGUCCGACAGUGGAUGGACACACCGCCCUGACAGAGGCGUGUGCCAGGGGUCAUGAGGCCUGUGUUUCUGUCCUGCUGCAGCACGGAGCCGCUUCUACAGGAACCACUCUGUCCAGCUCUCCAAUACACAGGGCAGCGGCUACAGAUAACGUGGAGUGCAUAGAGCAGCUCGUCCAGUUUGGUGCAGAUGUCGACCAGCACAUCGACCAAACCGGCUCUCCUCUUCAAAUUGCUUGCAGGCAUCAGCAACCCAACACUGUCAGAAAACUACUCCAACUCGGGGCUAACGUAAACAGCGUGGUCAGCGGAGAGUCGGCCCUUCACACAGCGGUGCGCCUGUCCUGCCCGGAGAUGGUGUCCACACUGCUGGAACACGGGGCAGAUCACAACCUCAGAGACCCUCAAGGCAACCGGCCGCUGGACAUAGCCCCUCCCAACAGCCAGGUGGCACAACUGCUAAAGCAAGUAGGAGAGGAGUGCUCUCUGUUGAACCUGUGCCGAGUGAGCAUCAGGAGAACAGUCGGCAAGAACAGACUGUCUGAAAUCCAUGACCUGCAAAUUCCUAAUGAACUGAAGCACUACCUCCUCCACCAGUCAGAGCCAAGACUGAUUAAAUCACAUUAACGCGUGAGCUUCACUUUAAGGUCAAAAGGGGGCGCACUUGUGCAGCCUUACAAUACAAGAGACCACACAGCAUUUAAUGAUUAUUUAUGUACAGGCUGUGAUUAAAUGACAAGAUAUUUUACUUAAUUAAGCUACACAUGGGAAUGCCAUUACGACUGACAAUGCUGAUGCAAAUGUGACUGUGAAAACAUAUCAUUAUUUUUUAACAUGUAUUUAUUGUAUUUUGGUUAUGGCAUUUCUCAAGAAUGAAAACACGUGAGCAUUAAGCUGUGACUUCCUAUUGUGUUUAUGUCGUAGAUGUACAAAUACAUUUUUUUACGCAGUUGUGGAUGUGGGAACUCCCGGAGAAUGAAUAAUAAAUGUUUAAUAGAGUUUGCCCUGUAGAAACACUGUAGUAACAAAAUUAAAUGUAGAUAGUAGAUAGUAGAUAGUAGAUAGUAGAUAGUCAGACAGUAGAUGGUCAGACAGUAGAUGGUCAGACAGUAGAUAGACAGAAUAAAUGACAAUUCUAGUUCCUCUUUAUAAUGUGUCAAAUGUCAAAUAUGUAAUUUGUAAUAAAAAGUCAUAAAACAGU